GGGUGGUGCGAGCCACCGGUUUGCGCCAAGGGAGGCUUCUAUGAGGAAAGCAGCCGUUAACGUACUGUUGGUCUGACUACUGCGGACAUGAACGGCCAGGAUGGCGUCGAGAGGAAGCCUCACGCCCAAACCCGCAGCCUAACUGCUCCCGACCUUGCCUCAGGAGACGCGGACCCGGCCCUGUGCCCGAAGCUCGGUGAGGAAACCGAGGCGUCACUAGUGACGGCGGAGACGGGUGAGCAGAGCUUGGAGGCCGCCGCCCUCCCGCCGCCCCGGCUUCCAGAGGAGUGGGGAGCGCCCCAGGACCCCGCGGGCUGUGGCCAUGCUCCCCAGAUCCGAGGCGGUGGGGAUCGCAGUUGCGUAGCGACCAAAGCGGGGCAAGAAGAGACUGCGCCUCCCACGGACGGCCUGGAAGCGGCGUCUGCGUCCGUGGCGACGGACAGCAGCCGGGAAAAUGGCCGUCAGCGUGCAGAGCCGCGCCGCCUCGGCGACGAGAAGGCCCUAGAAGCCUGUGGCGCAGAGAGGUCCGGGUCUGAGGUGAUGGCGGAGGCAAGGGCCGAGGAAGCGAAGACCGAAAAGUGCCCCGUCUUCUCGGGAGCAGGGGAUGAGGAGGUGGUGCAGAAGGAAGGAGCGAAGGAGGAGGACGGAGGGAGGCAGGCGAUGGAGGUGGAGGAGAGGCCAGUAGGUGGAGAAACAGAAAUGGUGGAGGGAAAUAGAGCGGUGGAGGAGGUGCGGGAGGAGGCAGGGCCCCAGCCCCUGGGCGUGGAUCUCCGCAUGAACGCCCUGGGGGCCAUCCAGCUGGAACUGGACGCAGUGAAGGCUCGGGCUGACAGGGCCUUUCAGCAGCUGGAGCAAAGAUUUGGACGGAUGCGUCGAGACUACGUGGCGCGGAGGGACUACAUCAUUCAGAAUAUCCCGGGCUUCUGGUUCACUGCCUUUCGGAACCACCCCGAGUUGUCCCCCCUGAUUAGGGGCCAGGAUGCAGAGAUGUUAAGAUACCUAACCAAUUUGGAGGUGAAGGAGCUCAGACCCCCUAGAACUGGGUGGGAGUUCAAGUUCUUCUUUCGAAGAAACGCCUACUUCCUAAACAAGGUGAUUGUCAAGGAAUGUGAGGUCAGACCGUCUGGCGGGGUGGUGUCUCUUUCCACUCCAAUCAUAUGGCACCAGGGCCGUGAACCCCCGUCCUUCUAUGGCAGGAACCCAGAUGUCGUCCGCAGUUUCUUCACCUGGUUUUCAGACCACAGCCUUCCAGAGUCUGACAGGAUUGCUGACAUUAUCAAAGAGGACCUGUGGCCAAAUCCACUGCAAUACUACCUGUUGGUUGAAGGCGCCCGUAGAGCCAGACAUCGCCGAAUAAGGGAGCCAGUGGAGAUCCCCAGGCCCUUUGGGUUCCAGUCUGGUUAAACUUUGCCCUUGGGAAUACUCUUGCAGAAGGUCCCCUACCACCUCUUGCUGGACCUGUGCUUUGACAAAAGAAAUGG